AUGUCAGCUAAUAUCCCCAUCGCAGCCGUGGGUCGGAUAUCAAAUGUAAACUCCGGCUUUGCAUCGCCAUUUCUCUCUCUCUCUCUCUCUACCUUUCAAUCACAGACUCUUUCUUUCAAUAUCUCUCUUCCUCUCCUUUUCAAUAUGUCUACCUUUCAACAACUCUCUCUGUCUUUCGAUAUCACUCUAGAUUUCAAUCACACUCUCUCACUCUCUCUCUUUCAGUAUGUCUGUAACUUUCAAUCACACAAUCUCUCUUUUAUAUGUCUCUACCUUUCAAUCAAACUUUCUCCCUUUCUCUUUCAAUAUCUCUCUCCCUUUAAAUCUCUCUCUCUCUCUUUUAAUAUCUCUCUGUCUCUCAACAAAACAAUCACUGCCUCUCUCUCUCAAGAUCUCUCUACCUUUCAAUCACUCUCUUUUAUCUAUUUCAAUCACUCUCUCACUCCCAUUGAAUAUCUCGCUAUCUUUCAAUCACACUCUCUCUCUUUCAAUAUAUCUCUAUCUUUCAAUCAACCUCCUUCUCUCUUUCAAUCUCUCUACCUUUCUAUCACUCUCCCUCUCUCUUUCGAUUAUCUCUCUACCCCACAAUCAACCUCCUCCUCUCUUUCAAUAUCUCUCUACCUUUCUCUUUCCCUCUCCUUUCGAUAUCUCUCUAUCAACUCUCAGUAUCUUCUACCCCCACAAUGUUACCUCCUCCUCUCUUUAGUAUCUCUCCUUUCAACUCUUUCUCUUCUCUCUACCUUUCUUUUUUUCCCUCUCUGUAGUAUCUCUCUUUCUCUCUCUGUUUUUUUAAAUUAUAAAACCUUUCCUCCUCUCUAUCUAUAA